CAUAGGAUAGAACUCGAGAAGCCGGUGCGUUACUUGGUGCGUUGCUUCUGGCGUGUGGUAGCAUGGGAGUGACGGACUCUCCACCCGAGAACAUUUGAGCUAUCAGCUGCCGAAAUAAGAUGUCUAGAUGCACAGGCCAUGUUUGGACAUGUUUGGUUUGGACUCAUUUGUUGCUUUGGCUUGAAACACUCAGCGGUGUCGAAGAUCCGGCGCCACAAGUCGGACGCUCCGUGGAUUUCUCUCAUCAAGUGGCACAUGUCUGAGCGUUUGACUCGUGAAUCCGAGCCUCCAGCCCAUCGUCCUGGGUGGGCCUUUCGAUUGAAGAGAGUCUUCUUCGCGCUAGCUACGGUGGCCAGUGUUGUGGCUGUUGCUUGCUGGUAUGCAUCACCGCCGCCAGCUCCAACACCGGCUCCGCCAUCUCCCACACCGGCUCCGCCAGUCGGCGGCAGAGUCAUGACAGCAGACUUGGCAGCAGCCAAUCUGUGGAGGUCCAAAUUUCCAGAAAGCUCACCAUUGUAUCAAGAUCUACCCGAGACAUGCUUCCAGGAGAGAGAAUGUGAAUACAACCGGGUUGAGGAACAUGAUUUCCACAAAUCAACCUCAACCUUGUUGGAUCGCUUCUCACUACACUUCGGGGUGAAGGCCAAAUUCUUGGGCUUGACGCUUCCUUUUAGCUUGGGCUCGUUUUCAGAGACACGGCGCUUGAGCGAAGAAAGGCAGUCAUUUUUCUAUUCAGCCUUUGUGCGACGUGCUUGCGGCCCCACGCUUGCGGAGCACUGCAGGUAUGAUCCCUCGCUGCUAAGUCCUCAGUUCAACGAAACCCUCAAGCGCUUGCUGCAAGAGCACCCUAUUGGCAUGGGAGAUCGUGACUCCCUUGAGCAUUGGGAGGAGGAAACUGCACGCGCAGGUUUGAGCGGGACCCAUGUCCAGGUUGGAACGGAGCGAGGGGCACAAGUCAAAUUCUUGGUGUCCGUGGAAGUAAUGACAGAUUCUGUUGGGAAUUGCUUUUCAGUGGACUUAUGCCAAGAUCUGAAGCCUUUCUUGAAGCGCUUUGAUGUUUCUUGUGAUGCAUCUGCAUCAGUGUGUCAUGGAAGCCAGAUGACAUCCACAACACUACACCAAGAGUGCUCCUUCUCCGGAGGUGAUCCUUCUGCGAGUUUCAUGUGCGAUCCACGCAAGUGGAUGGCUGAAGAUGUGGAUAGGUUCCUUCUCAGCGGUGACCCCAAUAGCUCCAAAACCAUCUACCGACACCAUUGGGAAGAGGUUUCGGAGAUUCUGGAGAAGAUGCACUGGAUGGAAGCGGCUCAUGCCAUGGAGACCUUGGCAGAUUUUCGGACUUGUAAAGGUGAAGGCAGGAAAUGGCUGGCUGACGAGACUGGCAAGUUUGCUUGUAGAUGUGUCUUGUCGUGUGGAACAGGCAGGCUCUUGAAGGAGAGCUGUACAUGCGCAUGCCCCGGCAAUGCCAUGCAUGGCUGGAUGGGCCCCACUUGUUCAGAGACCUAUGGCAAAUGCAUGCCCGGCAAGAACACUGGCAACCCGGGAGGGAAUGCUUGUGAUGUAGGAAACCAAUGCAGUUGCCUUAGCGCGUCAGAAACAUGCAAGGCAACUGAAGUGUGCUGCUUGACUGAUUUCAAUGCCAAGUGCUGUGGCUUCGGCCACAUGUGCAAUUGUGGUGGUGUCACAUGUGAAUGUGUACCGGAAGCUGCCAACCAGUCAAUGUUUAUAAUCUGAGGUGGCUCCUUCAACAGCAUUUGCCAUGCUGCUACGUAUAUCAUGUUGAG